AUGGCCGAGCCUUUCGAAAUGAAUCCUAACCUGCCGUUUCAAGAUGGCGUUUCUUCCAAUUAUACUACGAACACCAUGGGCAUGCUUAACCCUGGGUACGACAUUCCUUUUUCGACGAUGCCCGAUUACUCGACUUUGCGCGGCAGCGAUUCCCAACAGGCCAUGUCGGACUACCAACACUCACACUCAUUUUACUACGAGCAUGCUACUGACACCAUCACGGCCCACGAGAACGGUAAAGGCUUUGACGAAAUACGACUUUUAUAUCCUGAAAAGGAUGAAUUUGUCGUAGGCGGUGUGUUUUAUUGCGACCGUCAAGGUUGUUCCGAUUCCUUCGGGACCUACCGAGACAGGAAUAAGCAUAUCAGGGAAGCAGAGAAGCCUGUGGUGUGUCCGUAUUGCAGUAUCAGGAUGCCUUACCAGAGCGACAUGAAGAAGCACGCCGAGACUCAUCAACCAUUUCUCGAUGAGAGAUCGAUGGACGAUGCUACGAGUGCUUGCGCCUGGCGAGACUUCCAUCGACCUCGGCUGUGGCGCUUCAAACUCCAGGGAACGGUAAACUUCACCAAGCUGCUAGGCUACGGACUGGAUGGCAUUGUCUGGAGGUUAGAGAUUGGUGGUUGCGUCUAUGCACUCAAAGUAUUCUGGGAUAAUCACGCGCCGGAGGACACACGAUACUGGGCAAUCCAGCGAGAAUGUCAAAAUGCCUCCCUCCUUGAAAUGAUACGAUUUGCGAUCGAACAUUCCUCCGACUCCAUUUGGCUGAACCCCGAACCGAAAACGUUCCACGAUGCGAUCCUCAAUCUUCAUGCUUUCUCUGAUGAGGGUCGCCGCCGACAGCUGUUUCGCAAGACGCCUGGCGUCGUUUAA